AUAAUCUCUCAAAACAGAAUAUUUCCACAACCAUUGCUGUUUUAUUUCUUACAAAUACUUCAAUUUUAGGAAGAUACAGAAACACAAAAGGUUGAGAUUGUGAGAAGUUAAACAAAGUAUACUCAAUGGCUAGCUGGUCUGCUGAGAACGCCACUGAAGCCUUCCUCAACACCCUCAAAAUGGGCCAAAAGGCAAACGAACCCGACGUAGGGGAGUUCAUUUCAGCCAUGGCGGCUGGAAACAACGCCCAGCUAAUGGUGGUGGCAUACGAAAGAUCUGCCGAUCACAAGAUCCUCGCACUUGCCGCAGCUGCCGGGCAAACGGGCGGACGAGUGGUGUGCAUAAUUCAACGACAAGAAGAUCUUCAUGUAUCACAAGCAAUUCUUGGAAUGGUAUCACAUGACCACGGAAUAGAGUUCGUAGUGGGAGAAGCGGAGAAGCUAAUAAAAACACAGUACACAGAGGUAGAUUUUGUUCUAAUGGACUGUAACUUGGGUUGCCACAUGGCGGUGUUGGAGGCCGUUAGAUCGAGAAGGAAGAACGACCAAGGCGCCACCCUGGUGGUGGGUUUCAAUGCCAUGAGCAAAAGAUGUGAAGGAGGAGCCACCGGGUGGUCGGAGGGAUCGACGACCCAUCUUUUGCCGAUCGGGAUGGGGGUGAUGGUGACGAAAGUUGGGGCAGAGGAGUCGAAAGCCGGGGAGGAUGGAAGGAGGAUGAGGAGGAGGAGGCAAAGUCAGUGGGUCGUGAAGGUGGAUAAGUGCACUGGAGAAGAACAUGUUUUUAGGGUUAGGCUUCCACAGGGGAAAGUCAUUCAAGCUUGAUUGUAACUUUUUUCCUGUUAGAUCAAGGAAAUUUCUCUCGCCUUCUGCCAUAACCAAGGAGAUCAUGGAGAUGGAGAUGGAGAUGGAGAAAGUUUUUUUUGUUUUUGAAGUAUUAGGAUUUAUAAAGAGUAAUAUAAACCAUCCUUCAAAAUGUAUAUAUAGGAACUAGGGGAUAAUUUAUAUUAGAAGUUUACUGAUUUUUCUUUUAGUUUAUUAGAAGUCAAUUUGUAUACUAUGUUAAAAUUCCAUUAUUUGAUAUCUAUGAAGAAUUUUAAGGUCUUCUGAUGGUUU